UAUGUCUCAGCUUCGAUUUCAUGUAGACUACUGUGUAAACGACAGGCCUAUGUGAUUGGCGGGAGAGAUGUGAGCGUGGACAUCACGUGCAGCGUGACUGCUAAGCGACAAUCGCGUUUUCCUAAUCGCGUUCUCGACAUUCCAUCUCGUUUUCCCUGGGAUUGCAGAUGCAGGCUUUUUUGAAACACCAAGUUUUUUACUUCAGUGCUCACUCAGCACGUAAAAUCAAUACUAGGAUUGCAGACUGCGCAUCACACUCGGAAUGUCGACAGGACUUUGGGUCUGUCGAACCUGUCUUUACCGCGCCUCAAGGCCGACCGCACGCCUUAUACCGAGAUCGAUUCGAUACCAAUCAACCAAAACCACCGCCGAAACCGUCCCUCCAGCCCUGUUAGCUCGCGCGCGCAACGUUGCUCUCGAACACCAGAAGUUGACUGAUCAACUCGCCAAUGGCUUCGAUACACAGGCAGCAAAGAAGGCGGGCGAAUACAGUACAGUCACCAAUGCAUUGAAGGAAUGGGAUAAAGCCAACGAGCUCACCUCACUGAUUCACGACCCCGAUAGCGACGCCGAGCUUCGCGAAUUGGCGGCCGAUGACCUGGAAACGACAAGGGAGCAACUCCAGAAUGCCUCGCAAAGCCUCGUCACAUCUUUGGUCCCCGUACAUCCUUUCGCUCAUCUGCCGUGUCUGAUGGAAAUACGUCCGGGGGCCGGUGGAUCAGAAGCUGCUAUAUUUGCGGGUGAUCUUUUACGCAUGUAUCAGGCAUUCUGCAAUCGUUCCGGCAUCCGUACCACAUUGUUGAAAUACGAAAAUGCGAAUGGUACGCAAGAGGCCGGUAUACCCCUUACCGAAGCCAUUCUGGAAAUCGAACAGGAGAAUGCAUAUGCUACAUUUAGAUGUGAAGCAGGUGUCCAUCGUGUUCAGCGGGUCCCGGCUACCGAAUCCAAAGGUCGAACACAUACGAGUGCGGCGUCGGUUCUCGUAUUGCCCAGCUUGCAGGAAAACUCAAUUGCGCAGGAAGACAUCGAUGAUCCAGAAAGCGACUACUACAUUGACAUCAAAGAAGUGAGGUCGGAGGUUAUGCGAGCCAGUGGUGCGGGCGGACAGCAUGUCAACAAGACCGAGUCAGCUGUGCGAUUGACGCACAUUCCCACAAACACGGUAGUGGCUAUGCAGGAUUCUCGAUCGCAGAUCAAAAACAAGGAGAAGGCCUGGACCCUGCUGCGCUCUCGUGUUGCUCAGAUUCGACGUGAGCAGAGAGAAGAGGAGAUGUUGGCUUUACGACGCAGUGUCGUAGGAGUAGCCAAGAUGGGCCGAGGGGACAAAGUCCGCACAUACAACUAUGGCCAGCAGCGGGUCACGGAUCAUAGGAGUGGGAUGACGGUGCAGAAUCUGGAUGAUGUUAUGGAGGGUGGCCCGACUCUUGAGAAGGUGAUGGAAAGUGUAAAGGGCUGGUUGAUGGAGCAAGACGUGAAGGCGCUGGUCGCAGAGGAUUUGGACGUGAAAAAGAGUAAGAAAUGAGACCAAUAGACUUAAAUCUGCCUCUGGAAUACUGGAGGUCGACCCCCGGAUUCUCCCUCGCUACUAACAAUGCCGUUCGGAAGGAGAUUUAUAAUGCAAUACCAAGAUUGACAUUUUGUAAGGUUGCCUUGUACCACGAUCGCGAGUCAGCACUGUGCAACUGGGAUGCGCCACGCCAAGGUAAUGGCUCAACUGUCGGUUGUAUUCCAGCCAUUCCCGCGUCUUGAUGUUAUCUUCGAUCAGGUCGAGUCAGUGCAUGCCAUGAAUGCACCUGCACUCAGAAUGUUUCCCCGCAUUCCGGACUUCGCGCUAAGUGAGCUACUCCGGAUCUUGAGGCAUAGCGGCCGGCCCAU